AUGCUUCGCUUUACUCUCCUCUCCAUCUUCAUAGCAUCCUCAUCUGCCUUCCUCUUCCCAAUGGCUGGAGCUUGUGGAUGCGGCGCUCCUCCCCCACCACCUCCACCAAUGUGUUGUGCUCCACCACCACCUCCAGUAUGUGCUCCACCACUUCCACCUCCACCACCACCACCAAUGUGUGGAUGUGGGUGCGGUAGGAAGAAGAGAUCAGUUGAAGGAGAGCCAGCUGUGGAGGGAAUUAUCAAUAUGGAUAGUAUUUUGGAGUGUAACAAUCAGGAUUUGAAGGGUAUCUUAGAGAAGAACAUGAAAACCACUCCAUCUGAUUCUCUACUCUCCGUCCGUUCAUCUCUCAAUUCUGAUGAAUACUUUGUCAUGUGCACUCACGGAUUGACCGCCUAUUCCGCACCAGCUGGAACCAAAAACUGUGCUGUUCCAAAGAAAAUCAUUUCUGUCAAGUUUUCUCAUUGA